AAGAAGAAAGAAUGAGAAAGUAGAGAGAGAAAGCCACAAAACCAGACUCAUAGUGUGUACAAUAACGAUAUAUAAAGAUCCCUUGCAAAGAUAAUAGAUAUAGGGGAGAAACCCUCAAAAAACCUCUUCUUUCGCGCUAUAUAAAGCUCGAUCGGGAAACCCAAUAGCAUUUAUUUAUAAGAUUUCGCCCUUUUGAGCUCCUUGAAUCUGUGUGUACAGUGUUGAUAGAUUUUAUACAUAUAUUUGUAUAGUUAUUUAUAUAUAUUGUAUCUACGUCUACAAUGGAGAUGUCGCAGUCCGAUCCGGUUACAGAAUGGAGCUCCUCUGGUGGUCAAAUAGGGCUCGAAGAGCCUAUGUGGCAGUUAGGGUUAGGAGAUGCGUCUGAAUCGUAUCCUGAACGGCCUGAUGAGGCUGAUUGCAUCUAUUAUUUGAGAACGGGGUUUUGUGGGUAUGGUUCUCGGUGUCGAUUCAACCAUCCUCGUGACCGUGGCUCGGUUAUUGGAGCUCUGAGAGCUAGUGGAGGGGAGUAUCCUGAGCGUAUUGGUCAGCCUGUUUGUCAGUACUUUAUGAGAACCGGAAUGUGCAAAUUUGGUGCAUCUUGCAAAUAUCAUCAUCCAAGACAGGGAGUCGGAUCAUUAAGCUCUGUGGCCCUAAAUGUAUCUGGAUAUCCACUUCGCCCGGGUGAAAAAGAGUGUUCAUACUAUGUGAAAACAGGGCAAUGUAAGUUCGGGGUCACAUGUAAAUUUCACCAUCCACAGCCAGCUGGCAUGGUGGCAUCACCAGUGCCUUUAUCAGCCAUGCCUUCUGCUAUGUACCCAAAUGUGCAAUCUCCUUCUGUUGCCUCUUCUCAAGCUUACGGGGUGUUGACUGGCAACUGGCCCGUUGCAAGGCCGCCUCUUGUUCCGGGCAGUUACCUGCCCGGAACUUAUGGGCCCGUGCUCAUGCCACCGGGCAUGGUCCCGUUUCCCGGUUGGAACCCUUACCAGGCAUCUUUACAUCCAUCAGGGUCUCCUAGUAGCCAACCUAUUAUUGGACCAGGGCCAGGAGGAGGUUAUGCAAUGACUCAAUUAUCUCCUUCUGCCCCUUCUUACCCUUUGACCAAAAGUCAAAAGGAACAACACGUGUUUCCAGAAAGACCUGGUGAACCUGAAUGUCAGUUUUACAUGAAGACUGGAGAUUGUAAAUUUGGUUCCUCGUGUAGAUACCACCAUCCUCCUGAGUGGAAUCUACCAAAGUCAAACUUUGGGCUUAGCCCAAUGGGCCUACCUCUCCGUCCAGGUGCGCCUCUUUGCUCACAUUAUGCUCAAAAUGGGGUGUGUAAGUUUGGGCCUUCAUGCAAAUUUGAUCACCCAAUGGGAACCCUAAGUUAUAGCCCAUCAGCAUCUUCACUAGCUGAUAUGCCAGUGGCACCCUACCCUGUGGGGUCCUACAUGGGCACUUUAGCCCCAUCAUCAUCUUCAUCAGAACUCAGGCCAGAAGUUACCUCAGCUUCAAUUGCAUCAAAUUUCUCAAAAAUGAAUCAAAUUUCUCAAUCCGCUGGUAGCAGUAGCACCACCACCCAUGGCGGCAGUGGUGGUGGUAGUGGUGGUGAUGGUCAUUCCACAAACUGACUUAACAAUUGAUCUUGUUUCUCUUUUGUUGUUGUGAGAAUGUGAGAGCCCUUGGAUUAGGACCCGAGUUCCUUUUUAGUCACUUGAUGGUUCGAUGAUAAGGUUUAGAAGUUGUAUUCCCGUGUUCAUAUAUUUAUAUGGCAUUCGUAUGCAUAUUUGAAUAAGCCUCUCUAGGAACUUUCUCUUAGCUUUUAAACUAGAAGAAAAACCCUACCCGGAUUUGGAAAAUGUAUCCGGAUUGGAUUGCCUAUAUUUGGAGGUUGUGUUUGUGUUCUUCUGUUGUAAUACUUUUUCAUAAUGAAAAAGAUCCAACCAGUUUUCGUUUC